UUUUCAGAUGAACCUGUAAAAUGAUCAGAAACCUUAUAUCUGGGCUGCUAUUAGCCCUGUUGGAUUCCACUGGAUCCGUCCUGGGUACAGAACUUGACUCCGGGUCCUGUUUACAGCUGGGGUUUAACUCCGCCAAGCUUCUCUGCUCCUCCUGUGAUGAUCUGAAGCAGUUUGAUCUGGGAGCGCUGUCAGAUGGAUGUUUGAAGUGCUGCACGCGAGAUGCAGGAAGCGCGAAGUUGGAGAAUACCAAGUAUGAGCGCGCUAUCCUGGAAGUUUGCGGAUGACGACUGGGGGCGUACCCGCAGGUCGCGGCGUUCAUCAAGAGCGAGCGACCCGCGAGGUACCCUGGUCUGACCAUCAAGUAUGUACGUGGUGCAGAUCCUAUCAUCAAGCUUCUAGAUGAGGAGGAUGAGGUGGCAGAGACCCUGGCCAUCGACAAGUGGAACACCGACUCUGUCGAGGAGUUCCUGGACACCGUCAUGGUCAAGGCGGAGGAGAAGAGCGAGAUCGAGACGAAUGAAGUCUAGGAUUGAUAUUUUCUAUUGCAUUUGAGUUAAAGUGUUUAUUAUGUAACUAAGCUGUUGAACACCCCCCCCCCCCCCCCGAUACACAUUUAUUCACCUUUUUUGUUAAAAUUAAAAAAAUAUUAAAUUUUUAUCUUUACUUAUCUUUUCUAUCCCCUUACUUAAAUGUCUUAAACAGCUGAUGCUUUUGUUUUUUAUCGUUAAACUUAGUUAAUCCUAGUUUAAUGUCACAAAAUUUUAUUUUUCUUUGAUUUUAUUUGAAACGUACUGUGAUGAGUUCCAAGUUACACCUGGAGUAGAACGUAUGAUGACUUCAUCCUAAACUUUGGAUGGAGUCGGAUACCAGCUAAGGCUUGGUUCUACUCCAAUAUGUAAACUAUGUUUGUAUUUUCACAAUAAAAAAAUUACCUAAAUAA